ACAGGAGGAGAAAUGAAUGUGUGACUUGAUUCUUAGGAUGAUUUCCAGAUACAAAAGGAAACCUGUAUCUCAAAAUCUACAAAUCAAUCAGUUUCUCACAAAAGCCAUAGAAAAUCACCCUUUACCCGAAGAAGCAGAUUCCUUCUCGAUAUCACACAGCAGUGACCAAUAUGAAACUGCCUCAAAAUGGUCAAGUGAGUCUGAUGUUUCGGACACAUCGCAGUUCUCUAGAGCGGAUGCUCAGGAUUCCUGGUCAGAAUCUCAGAGAGGGACUGGGUUUUCCACUGAUAAUAGCUCAGUCAUAUCAUGGGGUUUCGAUGAGUUUGACCAGGCUGCCACACGACAAGUACAGAGGAUCUUCACACAGAUUGAUGAACUGCUGUAUGAAAGGAAAGCCAGCUCUCGUGUGCAAGAUCUCCAGGAAGAGUGUCAAGAAUGGACAGCACACUUUCCACACUUACGAAUAAAAGGGAAGCAAAUAGUGACCCCUUUAGAUGAUGGCUACAGCUGGCAUAUCAGUCAGCCCUGUGACGUUUCUGAAUCUGUGGUGGGACACAGCCGUACACAUGAAAAGGAUACAGGCGAAUUGGGUAUUUUUGGCACAAAAUUAAAAUUUUCUUCUAAAAGUCAUCCCAGUACUCCAGUUUACUUUUUCCUGAGUGGUGAAGAAGACCAGCAGGAAGAUGAUGUAGGAAUCCUUCUCUCAGAAGGGAUAAUAGAGGAAUAUUUGGCAUUUGAUAGCAGAGAUAUGGAAGAUGAGCUAUUUGAAAAGACCAGAAAUAUGUCAUUGGACAGUCUGAAGAUGGGAUAUCCCCCCAUUUCUCCAAAACACUGCAACAAGGAGGCAGUUCUUGCAUAUCUGUUUGACGAUGUGUGGAGAGACGUUGUGGGGUGCUUGGAGGAGCUUAUUUGCAGGCAUUGGGAAGAAUCCAUUACAGAUGAUGACUGCCACGGCAUAGUUAUUAAGACUACUAGAGUAGAAAGUGUUAAUCCACAUGCACAAUUUCAGCUUCCUCCAUUGACGCUUCCACCAGUUUUUCAUGCCAAACCUUCUGCCAUCUCCACAAAUCUGAAUUCAAAUGAUAGAUGCAAAACCAAAGUCAAAAAGAGUGGAAAACCCUCUCACGCUAAUCGUUCUCAUGGGGGAAGCAUCUCCAGUUCACGUAAUCUGAACGACUUGAUAAUGAUUCAUGGAUUCCCAUUGCAACAGAGGAAUCUACAUCUCGAUUCUGAUGAGAAAUCUCCUCUGAGGCCAACAUCUGCUGCUCUAAUCUCUGGCAAACCACGUGCUGUCCGCUUGUUAGAGCAGAGCUCCUCAUCCUUGUCGUGUAACGUUUCAUCAGCUAGGAGACGCAACCCUCCACGCACUCUGCAUCCUAUCAAUAAUAGUUCAUCCAGAGCUGGGACACCAAAAAUGGAAGAAGUCAUCAGAGGAACACGACUACAUGCUACAAAUGACCAGCCAUCAAGUUCUCCUGUAUCUUUCACCAGAAACAAUCUACUGCCACCUAUUGGUACCUCAGAUUUAGAUCACCAGAGUAUGCCUGGGUCACGAAGGCAGACGCCAGAUAACCAACUGGGGAGGUCCUUCAUAGUUUAUGAUCACACAAAUCUGCUUCGUAGGAGAGGAUCUGAUGGAUUAGCCGCAGAUUCCAGGAGGAUUGGUGUGACUGGAGUUAAUUUAGGAGUUUCUAGUUCUUCUUUAGCCAAUUCUACUCAGUGGGGCCAUUCAUUUAAUGAACUAAGGGAGGGGACAGAAACUCUUAUCUCAGGGAUUCCUUUGCAUUUGCCACUAAAAUCUUCUACCCGGGGAGGAUUUCUUACAAGAAAUAAACAAAGACUUUAGAUAUUCUCCCAAGACCUACAAUAUGAAAUAUUUGCAUUUGACCUAUUUUUAUGAACAUUUUUAAGAUACAGCAGAUGCCAAAUGUUCUAGAGAUGGCUGCCUAUGGGAAUGUCCUAAUGGAUCCUGGGCUUUUGGCGUUGCAACCCAAAGAGUAAUGUGACUGAAGAUGGACAACACCGAAGCUCCAAUUGAGAAAAUGUAUUGGGUGCAGAACAGCGGAACACUACAAACAAAAAGCAAUAAGCAAGUCUGCAAAAAAUACUUUGUAUAAACAAGCACUGAAAGCCAUAAAAUGAAGAAUCAUUUUUAUUCUCUCUUAAAGCUGUUUUGUGCAGCAUGGCCAAACUUUUGAUAUCUCUGGGCAAGGGAAAAUUACUUUACUUCAAGUUCAGCUGUGUCUGAAAUCACUCCUGUGGGGUCUCUGUUUCCGAUCACAGUUGAGAAAAAUCAAAAUUUGUUUUGCUGAGAAAUGAAAACUGUUACGGACAGGAGUAUUUUGUGGAAUUGAAUUUUUUGGGGGGAAAUCUUAGUUAAAAAACAAAUCAAAUCUGGACCC